AUGAAGAGGAAGAAUGAUAUUAAAACAUGGAGUACAUUUAUCGAAGAAAUGCAGAAAGAAUAUUCAGUGGAAGAAAAACAAAGUCAGGCUACUGAUGGUCAAAGAAAACGUCAACCACAUAUUUAUCAUCAACAACAUCUGCAACGAGUGUAUGAUCACUACUCAGUGGAGACGAUAGUCUUGGAAAAACUAACAGCCGUGAUGGACACAGAAGAAUUAGAAUGGCCGAAACAAGGUGAAUCAUGGGCUGAUUAUGAGAUAAAACAACAACGUGAAAGAUUUCGAAAGAUAACAACAAACGAGUGUGAUAUAUUAAACGAGCUGGUUAAUAGUGGUCCUCAAUUAUCAACAACAUCAGAAGAAGGAGAAGAGGAAGAAGAAGGUGAAAAAGUAGAAGAAGUAUUUGAAGAAAACGAAGAACAAGGAGCAGAAUUAGAAGUUAAUGAUGAUCGCCAACCACAAUUACACAAUAGUGUUAUUCGACUGAUGGAUGACGCUCGUACACUCUUAUUGUCGAAAUUAUAUGGUGUAAUCGAACAUUUACAAGUGAACAGGAGAGUAAAACCAUUCUUAUCAUCAGUGCCAUUAUUCCAGUUCGCUCUAUCUCGUAGUGGCAUAUCAUCAGACCCCAUAACAUCCUUUCAUGGUAGUACAACUGGCAGAAAAGGACUAUUAACAAC